AUGGGAAACUCCACGCCAUCGAGAUACGACCAAGAAUUACUCCAAAAUUUAUUGGGAAGUAACCACAGCAAAUUCGAGAAAAAAUUGAAGUGUAUUCCAAAAGUAACUGAAAAUAUUCUGCUGACUGAUUUCAAAUGUACACCAGUAAGUACUUCAAUAUCAUUGCCGUACCAGCAAUCGGAUGUUUUCUACAAAAUAUCAAAGUUAAAACUCAAUCGCAGUCAAUCUCGGCCGUAUCAACUUCCCAAAAAGACUCUUUCGAAAUCAAAAAAUUCACCCAAGAUCAUUAUUUUGGAUCCGGAUAUUGAAUUCAGCAAGUCCCCGUUAUUCGACUUGUUGACCGAAUUAGUCGAGCCUACAAAUUUACAGCCACAGCAGAAUAUUAUUCAGUUCAAGUUGUCUCCAAAACAAGCUGAUGAUAUUUCCAACUCACGGUCCCAGUCCAAGGAAGCAAAAUUCUCCGUACAAGUGCAAAUUCGUUUGUGUAAACUGGACUCAUCAGCGAAAAAACAAGAUGACUUUAUUCCUUUGGGCAUUGGACUGAAGAUCAACAAACGAGAUAUUCAAUUAAGUGAUUCAUUGACGGGCAAUUCUGCAAGACUUCAAUCACAGAAGUUCAAGCCAAUCGAUAUUACAUCUCGAAUUGAAAUAUCACCAGUGGAAAAUGUCGUAAAAAUAAACAUACCAGCAGAUACGAAUAAAUAUGUUGCGGUUAUCAAUCUCGUCCGUAAGAAGACCAGCGCGGAAUUAUUUGACGCAUUGAAAUCUAAGGCUGGUUUUUGGAUUCAUAUUAUACAAGAGAAGCUAUCAAGAAGAUAUUGA